AAAAGAUUAUUUUAUGGUGACAAUAACAGUACCCACUAUCCAGUGGUAGUGGGAUAAUUCUUGAAUUAGGUAGCCACACUUUUGAAAAAGAAAAACAUAUCAUUUUUUUUCUGCUCGCUCUUACUGACUCUUCCCAUGGCUACAAGAGCUAGUAUCCUGGCUUCAACCCAAAACCCAGUUUUCUGCCUCCGCGAACCACCGUCUCCGGGAAGCCGCUCCGUCGUAAUCUGCCGUUACCUAAAGCCCUGCGGCAGACGAUGGAUUUCCAGAUCCAUUCGAGCAUGCCAACCUUCCGACAAGGUAGGUGGUGAUGGAGGCAUUUCAGGUUCAGCUAAAAGAUCCCUUUUUGGGAAGGAAUUGCUGGAUUUUGCUUCAGAUAAUUUCUUGCCUCUAGCUCUUGUUAGUGGUGUGGGACUGGGAUUUGCAAACCCGACUCUUGGCUGUCUCGCUGACAAAUACUCUCUUUCAAGGUUCAGCACAUGUGGGAUAUUCAUUAUAUCAGGUUUGACUUUACGUACUGAAGCGAUUGGUGCUGCUGUGAAAGGAUGGCCUCUUGGAGUCUUCGGGCUAGCCUCUAUUUUGUUGCUCACGCCAUCCUUCUCAAGGCUAGUUAUGCUGGUCCAACUCCAACCUCAGGAACUUGUUACAGGGCUGGGUAUAUUUUGCUGUAUGCCAACCACCUUAUCAAGUGGUGUUGCCCUUACUCACCUUGCUGGGGGAAACUCUGCUCUUGCUCUUGCGGUGACUGUGGCAUCCAACUUGUUAGGCAUUUUAACUAUUCCGUUUUGGGUAUCAAGAUAUAUAGCCGGGGGAGUAGGGGUCUCUUUUCCCACUGACCAACUAUUCACAAGUCUUGUAGUUACUUUGUUAAUCCCUUUAAUCAUUGGCAAGGUUAUUCGGGAAUCAUUCAAAGGUUUCGCAAACUUUGUUGACAACAACCGUAAACUCUUUUCGAGAAUGAACGCAAUCUGCCUCAGUUUGGUGCCAUGGAUCCAAGUUAGCAGGUCAAGAUCACUGCUGCUAUCCGUUAAGCCUAAGGUUUUUCUUGCAGCUGUUGGCAUUGGAAUAUUGCUGCAUCUUUCUCUACUAGCAUUCAAUGCUCUUUCAAUCCGCAUCCUCUCACGUGUAUCAGGUGAUGCUGGUAAGAGCUCCAAGGAAAAUGACACAGCAGUCUUGCUAGUUGCAAGCCAGAAAACAUUACCGGUGAUGGUGGCGGUGGUGGAGCAAUUAGGAGGCGCGUUUGGUGAAACAGGGCUUUUGGUUCUUCCUUGUGUAGCUGCACACCUGAACCAGAUCAUGAUUGAUUCAGUUCUUGUCAACUUAUGGCUCCGACCGAGUAACUUGUCUUCGACUGAUGUAAAAGCAGCUUGAGAAAGAGAGAGAAGCAACGUUAUGGAGAAGGUUACAACAUCCCUAAACACACAUUCAAUGCCAGUCCAAAAGUUGGUUUAGGUGUUUGCAGACCCAUUUGUAUGAUAACGAUGUAGAGAAUUCGUGAUAAAAAUUGAAAAUAUUAAACUGCACAUUUCUCAUAGGCAAAAACAAGUAUAGUAAAUAGUGAUCCUCGAUUGAUGGGAAUACCAAACCGAACCGAACCGAUUUGGAUUUCUCAUAAGAUAUGGGAAUACCAAAUUGAACCGAUCGGUUUCCAAACUAUGUCAAAUAGGGAUGGUAAUACCAAACCGAACCUACCGGUUUCCGAACUACGUCGGGUUUCAAUUAAAUAUAUAACCCUAGUUCUGCUGCGUAUCCCCUUGUCUUCUCCAAUCGAAAACUUUCGACGGCUGCACUAUCGUUCUCCCACAUCUCGGUUUCUUUUAUACCCUCGUAAAGCUUCUCCCUUCGCACAUCUCCGAGAUUCUUUAUCUCCAUCGUCUUAAUUGAGGUUCUGCUUGCUAAGCAUUAAGCUCUCUCGUGAAGAAAGAUGACUUCUCGUUUUUUCGCUCAGGGUGGAAGUGACAGUGAAGAUGAAAGCGCUUCUGAAGAAGAGAUCGAGGAGCUUCAGAAGAAAGAAGCAGACAACCCUUACCUUAUAGGUGAUGGUGACAGUGACGAUGAUGAUGAUGCGGUUAAACGUGUCAUUAAGCCAGCAAAGGAUAAGCGUUUUGAGGAGAUGACCAACACUGUGGAGCAGAUGAAGAAUGCCGUGAAGAUCAACGACUGGGUCAGCCUCCAAGAAAACUUUGAUAAACUCAACAAACAGCUUGAGAAAGUUAUGAGGGUUACAGAGGCUGUGAAGCCUCCCACCUUGUAUAUCAAGACUCUUGUCAUGUUGGAGGAUUUCUUGAACGAAGCUCAGGCGAACAAGGAAGCCAAGAAGAAGAUGAGCACUAGCAACGCCAAGGCCUUGAACUCGAUGAAGCAGAAAUUGAAGAAGAAUAACAAGCUGUACGAAGAUGAUAUCAAUAAAUAUAGGGAGUCUCCAGAAGUUGAGGAUGAGGAUGAGCCAGAAGAGGAUGAUGAAGACGAUGAGGAAGAGGAAGAUGAGUUUCUGGACGAUGUUGUCAUACCUGCUGGGUCUGACGGGGAGAUUGAGGAACCAGCGGACAAAAACUGGGAGACGACGCUAAACAAGAAAGAUAAGAGCUGGGAGAAUACGCUUAAUAAAGACCCUAAAGACAUCACUUGGGAUUGGGUUAACAAGAAGUUCAAAGAAAUUGUGGCUGCUCGUGGGAGGAAGGGAACUGCUCGAUUUGAGCUAGUUGAUCAGCUUACACACUUGACAAAGAUUGCCAAGACUCCUGCGCAGAAGCUCGAAAUCUUGUUUACCGUUAUUUCAGCACAAUUUGAUGUGAACCCCGGUCUCAGCGGACAUAUGCCUAUCAAGGUCUGGAAGAAAAGCGUGCUGAACAUGCUCACCAUACUGGACAUUCUUGUCAAGUACAAUAACGUUGUUGUGGACGACACGAUCGAACCUGAAGAGAAUGAAACUUCAAAGCCAGCAGAUUAUGAUGGAACAGUCCGGGUCUGGGGAAAUUUGGUUGCAUUCAUUGAGAGGAUCGACUCUGAGUUUUUCAAGAGUUUGCAGUGCAUUGACCCUCACACCCGUGAGUAUGUUGAGAGAUUGAGGGAUGAGCCCAUGUUGUUGGCCCUUGCUCAGAACAUCCAGGACUAUAUGGAGCGGAUGAGUGAUUACAAAUCUGCUGCAAAGGUAGCCUUGAGACGAGUUGAGUCGAUAUACUACAAGCCCCAGGAAGUUUAUGAUGCUAUGAGGAAAUUGGCUGAAAUGGUUGAAGAAGAUGAAGAAGAUGAGGGUGCCGAAGAGGAAAAUACACUACAAGCUCCUCCUUCAUUCAUUGUUGUUCCAGAGGUUGUUCCCCGUAAGCCUACCUUCCUAGAGAGCGGCCGAGCAAUGAUGGAUCUUCUUGUGUCCCUUAUCUACAGAAAUGGAGAUGAGCGGACCAAAGCCCGUGCAAUGCUGUGUGAUAUCUACCACCAUGCUUUAAUGGACAACUUUGGGGUUGCUAGAGACUUGUUGCAGAUGAGUCAUCUCCAAGACAACAUUCAGCACAUGGACAUCUCAACACAGAUUCUCUUUAACAGGACCAUGGCGCAGCUUGGUCUUUGUGCCUUCCGGGUUGGAAUGAUCACUGAUUCCCAUAGCUGCCUCUCCGAGCUGUACUCUGGUCAAAGAGUGAGGGAGUUGCUUGCCCAAGGUGUCUCGCAAAGUCGAUAUCAUGAGAAGACACCCGAACAGGAAAGGAUGGAGAGGAGAAGACAAAUGCCGUACCACAUGCACAUAAACCUGGAGCUCCUGGAGGCUGUUCAUCUCAUCGGUGCCAUGCUACUUGAAGUCCCAAACAUGGCAGCAAACUCGCUUGAAGCCAGACGCAGAGUGAUUAGCAAGAAUUUCCGUCGCCUUCUUGAGAUCAGUGAGAGGCAAGCGUUCACUGCACCGCCUGAGAAUGUGCGUGACCACGUCAUGGCAGCCACCAGAGCCCUGACCAAAGGGGAUUUCCAGAAGGCGUUUGAUGUUUUGAACUCUCUUGAUGUCUGGAGACUGCUCAAGAACCGGGACAGCAUCCUCGAUAUGGUGAAAGCUAGGAUCAAAGAAGAGGCUCUAAGGACUUACCUAUUCACAUACUCGAGCUCCUACGAGUCCUUAAGCCUCGAUCAUCUGGCUAAGAUGUUUGAUAUCACCGAAGCGCAGGUUCACAGCAUUGUGAGCAAGAUGAUGAUCAACGAAGAGCUUCAUGCAAGCUGGGACCAGCCAACACAAUGCAUUGUCUUCCAUGAAGUGCAACACAGCAGAUUACAGUCCUUGGCUUUUCAGUUAACCGAGAAACUCUCGGUUUUGGCAGAAAGCAAUGAAAGGGCAAUGGAAUCUAGAACCGGUGGAGGUGGUAUUGAUCUGAGUUCAAGGAGAAGGGACAACAAUCAGGACUAUGCAGGAGCAGCAUCUGGUGGUGGGAAAUGGCAGGACAACAUGAACUAUGGACAAGGAAGACAAGGCAGCAGAUCUGGGUAUGGAGGUAGAUCAUCUGGACAGAAUGGUGGUCAGCCUAGAGACUGGUCGGGCCAGAACCGAGGAGGAGGAUAUGCAGGAAGAGCUGGCUCAGGAAACAGAGGUGGUAUGCAAAUGGAUGGCUCAAGCCGUAUGGUGAGUCUUAACAGAGGCGUUCGCACUUGAAGAUGAUUAGGAGAAGAAAUCUGCAGUCAUUGUUUGACCUUUAUAGUUCUUUUUAAGACCUUUUUGUUAUGUUUUCGUUUUCGUUGGUUGAAUCUUUGAAUUUUGUUUUUUAAUAAGUUGCUUCAGAACUUGAAAGUACUUUUCUCUGCAAAUGGUUAAAGCUAAUGUAGAGAAUUACAUUUUACAGAGUCGUUAAAGAUUUUUGUUAAUCCAAAAUUGUGGAUUUCCUUGGUCUAGCCUACGCAAUGAUGUUUUUGAACCUGUGAAUGCAC